AUGAAGGCUGGCAGAAAACAGAUUCAGCAACAAGAUAUUAGGACAAGGGUAGAGCUGGCGUCAAGCAGUGGAAUGAUGAAAGAGCUUCCAAGCAUGACCAUAAGUCAGCGCGAGCAGUUUCUGGUGUUAAACGAUGUCUUUCGGAUAUACAGUGACUUUGACGCCUGCGACAUUGCUACUCAGAAAUUCACGGUGGAGAUUCAGCGAGGCAAGCAGUUGGAUUAUCUGACGAAUGGCUUAAGUCGACCAUGGCUUUGCUACUGGAUUCUCCAUUCAAUUGGUUUGCUUGGAGAGUCUGUGGACGAUGACCUAGAAAACAAUACCAUAGACUUUCUUAGACACUGUCAGCUUUCACAUCUUGCAACAAGUUAUGCUGCAGUGAAUACACUUGUUACUUUAGGCGGUGACAAAGCCAUUCAAAAAAUGUCUAGCUUUUUAAGACGAAUGAAGGAUCCAGAUGGAGGUUUCAGGGUGCAUGAUAUGGGAGAAAUGGAUGUGCGAGCGUGCUACCUUGCGAUUUCGAUAGCAAGCAUCCUGAACAUUGUGGAUGACGAACUCACCCGAAGCUUAGGGGAUUACAUCUUGAGUUGCCAAACUUAUGAAGGUGGCAUUGGAGAGGAGAACCUGGCUCCGAAGCUCACGCCGGGUAUGAAUUGGGUUGUACAUCAACAAGGAGUAGAAUGGGGCUUUCAAGGUCGGAUGAACAAGUUGUUCGAUGGCUGCUACACAUUUUGGCAGGCAGCCCCUUGUGUUCUACUACAGAGAUUUUAUUCAGCCCAUGAUCUGGUACUUCAUGGAUCAUUACAUAUGUCCCAAGCGAGGGAUGAAGAUCACGAGGAACAUGCUCAUGAUGAAGAUGAUCCUGAAGACAGUGAUGAUGAUGAUUCUGAUACGGACAGCAAUGACGGUUUGUUAGCUUUGUUUGAAGAUUCUAGGAGGGUGCAACCGGUUUUUGACAGCUUCAACUUGCAGAGAUGUGUAAUCUUGUGCUCUAUGGUUCCUGAAGGUGGAUUCAGAGAUAAGCCGGUGAAACCCCGUGACUUCUACCACACAUGUUACUGUCUAAGCAGUCUCUCUGUGGCUCAACACGCUUGGUCAAAAGACAAUGAUACUCCAACUUUGAAUAGUGACAUUUUGGGUGGCUAUGUUAAUCACCUUGAACCUGUUCACCUCCUCCACAACGUUGUCAUGGAUCGAUACAACAAAGCCAUCGAGUUCUUCCAUAGAGCAACAUAA